AUGUCGGACCAGCAACCUGGGAAACAACUGUUUAUGUUAGCAAAGUGGGUGCUCAAACCAGAACACGUCGAGGAAUGGCUGGAAACAGAAUACGAAGCGUGGAAAGUCGUGCAUAAUCAGCCGGAGUGCAUUUUCUUCGAAAUCUUACGUGAUCCGGAACGAUCCAACGUAUUUCGACUUCUCGAGUGUUGGACCAAGGACAAAGAGUGGUUCGACAAUGUACAAAUUAGGACACCGGCAUACGACAAGCUGUGGAAGCUGAUAGAAAGAGGUGUGACCGAGGAGCCGCCGAGCCUCGAAUACUAUGACCGGUUCGGAGACCAAGUCAAUGGCAGUAUCGUUCGGAGGCAUUACCUGGAAGGCGGAAAGGUAUUAGAUUGA